AUGACUUUCUCCUCAAUUUUCAACUUCACACUCCUAUCCCUCCUCCUCCCACCAGUCCUCUUCCUAAUAUGGUACCUGCACGUCCCACGGACCCUCCCAAACCUUCCUAAAAUCCCGAUCUAUGUCUCAAUCCUCGGCCUCUGGUCCUCAAUGGGCCAAGACGAGAUCUACGAACGGUGGUUCAGGGCUCCAUUAGAGAAACAUGGCGCGGUGAUAGUCUGGUUCGCGGGACGGUGGAGCGUGCUCGUUUCACGACCAGAUUGGUUGACGGAUAUGUUCCGGAAUGAACAUAUAUAUGCGAAAGCCGGGAGUCAGAUCAAGAUCCCGCAUGCUGUGAUUGCCACGCUGGUUGGCGAUAAUAUUAUCAAUGCCCAUGGCGAGAAGUGGAGGCUUUAUACUGGGAUUAUGAAACCGGGUUUGCAGAAGAAGGUAUUCGAGACAACAUCGUUAUUAAAGCAAUCGAGAAAACUUGUGGAUAUUCUGAUAGAUCUGCAAAAGGAGGCUGGAGGAGAUAACGGGAUUCUGGUUAAUGCCGAGGUGCAGAAGUGGGCUGUAGAUGUGAUGGGCGAGAACUUUCUGGACUUGGAUCUGAAGUCCAUAGCUCACAAGAUUCAGAGCCUGGGCCAACCGAACGGCCAUGUCCGAAUCGAAGCCCUCCAAUCCAUCAUCAAAGCCACCCUCUUCAAACCCAUGUACUUCAGCUUCCCCGAUCUCGACCAUUUCCCCUGGCUCCUGCCAUCCCGCAAACGCGCCUAUUCGAUAAUGCACGAAUUCGACGACCGACUAUACACCAAGAUAAUGACCAUGCUCUCCGAACGAAGCAAGAACGAGCCCAAAUCCGAGGAAAUGGUCUCCCACAUGUUGGGCGCAGCCUUCACAGCAGGCCGAAUAACCGAGAAACAAUUCCGCGAUAAUCUGAAGAUAACAUUCCUAACAGCCCACGAAAACGCCCAGCAACUCGUGAACUCGAUGUUCUGGCAGCUAGGCACAAGAGUGGAUAUCCAGCAGCGAUUGCGGGAAGAGAUCCUCGCCACAGCGAAAAAUCACCCCGAUCCAUCCCAGGAAACCAUCAAUAGUCUACCGUAUCUGACGGCUGUAGUGUUGGAACUGCUUCGUCUGUUCCCGCCUGUUUGCCAGCUUAUCAACCGUGUUGCGCUGCAGUCGGCGAUGCUAGGUGGACAACUCCCUAUCUCGAAGGGGACAUUUGUGGGGUGGAAUGCAUGGGCAGUGCAUAGUAACCCGCAGAUCUGGGGUGAAGAUGCAAGGGAGUUUAGACCGGAGAGGUGGGGACAGAGUAUGGAAGAGAUGCAGGGGCGGUUUCGGAGGGAGACGGUUCGGGGAACGUAUAUCCCGUUUAAUGCGCAUAAGCGGAAGUGUCUGGGGCAGGGGUUUGCGUUGUUGCAGGUUAAGAUUCUAUUGUUUGUUUUGCUGGGGAGGGCGAAAUGGGUUGUUGAUCCUGAGUAUCAGCUGAAGAUGACGCCGGGGGGGAUUCUGGCGCCGCUGGAUUGUCGGGUGAUGUUGACCGAGUUGGAGUCUUUAACGUGA